ACCGACUUGCUUGGUGUUGAAAACGCUGAUAUUUUCAAGAUGGUCAGAAGUGCGAGCUGAUCAGCGACUAUAAAUUUCUCGGCAGCACUUGCUAAUUGAUCAUCGAUUCUUGUACCUUAUACUUUGAGAUCUUUCUUAGGCAUAUUAAUGGGUUCCAUUGACAAGGAAGUAGAGGUUGAGAUAGCCCCUUUUGUCAGAAUUUACAAGGAUGGCUCUGUGGAACGACUAAUGGGAGCUCCAAUCGUGCCUCCGUCAUCUCAAGACCCAGAAACCGGUGUCUCAUCCAAGGACAUCACCAUCUCACAGAACCCUCCCAUCUCAGCAAGACUCUACCUUCCAAAGCUCACUGAACCCACCCAGCAGGUACUCCCUAUCUUGGUCUACUUCCAUGGUGGAGGCUUCUGCAUCGAUUCUGCCUUCUCCUUAAACGAAACCAAAUACAUGAACAGCUUGAUUUCUCAAGCCAAAGUCGUUGCUAUCUCAGUAGAGUACAGGUUAGCCCCCGAACAUCUUCUCCCGAUUGCUUAUGAAGACUGUUGGGCUGCCCUUCAAUGGGUUGCAUCACACUCUAUCGAAAAGGGAAUCAAUAAUAAAGACCCAUGGAUAUCAAAUUAUGGUGAUCUUGGGAGACUUUAUAUUGGUGGUGAUAGCGCAGGGGCCAAUAUUGCUCACAAUAUACUCAUGCGAGCUAGCACUGAAGCCUUGCCUGGAGAUGUCAAGAUUUUCGGUGCUUAUCUCACCCACCCUUUCUUCUGGGGCGCAGAACCAGUAGGGUCAGAAUAUAGAGUAGAACGCGAGAAGCAGAUAACAUACACGCUUUGGGCUAUGGUAUAUCCGUCGGCUCCCGGUGGCAUUGACAAUCCAAUGAUGAAUCCGGUUGCUUCAGGAGCUCCAAACUUGGGUGGACUUGGGUGUUCCCAGUUGCUAGUCAGUGUUGCUGAAAAGGAUUUGUUGAGGGAUAGGGGUAUUUUGUACCAUAAAGCAGUGAAGGAAAGUGGAUGGAAAGGAGAAGUGGAACUCAUUGAUGUAGAGGGAGAAGGUCAUGCUUUCCAUAUUCUGAAUUGUGAGACCGAGAGUGCUAAGAAUUUGAUCAAACGCUUGGCUUCUUUUCUGCUAAAGUAACAGAUUCUUGGGCUAUUCGGAGGCAGGGUAUGUCAACAAAUAAGCAUAGACGCUAGACAAUUUCCCGUUUUCUUUAUAUUAUACGUGCCUGUUUUCUGUUAUUCCCUUCCUUCUGCUUGGAAUCUGAUUGUGGUUGAAAUUUAGUGUGGUAGUUAUUAGGAUGCAUUUUAUCUUUGUGAUCUUUAAUUCUCCUUUUCAUUUUAAUCGUGCAAUAUUCUCUCUCAGAAACACAAGUACUUCUUUCUUCUUCUCA